AGAGAAAUGCAAGAGCGAAGGGUGACGGCGUCGCACUACACUUCCCGAAACGCUUUGCGCGGCAGCCGAGAGGGCAGCCUCCGCUGUCGCCCCUGCUCCUGUGGUAAAAGGAAAGUGUCUCGCUGGGGCGUGCGCUCUCCCUCCCUCCUUCCCCGUGCACAACAAGAGCGGCGUGGGGGCUGCGAGGAAUAGGAGGAGGAGCAGCAGCAGCAGCAGCAGAGCGAGCGCUGAGGAGGCUGAGGUGAGCGCGGCGCAUCCGGCCGGCCGCCUGUACGCUCGCCCGGCAGGCUCCUCUUUCCCAGCGUCGGUGGCAACCUCGGGGAGAAGGGAGGCAUCCUCCGGUGUUCCGGGCUGCCCUGAGGCGGCGGCGGCGGCGAGGGGCGCCCUCUGCCCCGGGGCGAGCGGGGAGAGGGUUCUGCAGCAUGAGCAUCAGCAGAGUUGCCCGGAGAACUGCAGCGGAGGCGGCGGCGCAGCUCCUGCUGGCGGCGGCCACCGUGGGCUGCCUCUGGUGCGCGGCAGAGGCCCAGUUAUCAGGAGUGCUUGAUGACUGCUUAUGCGACAUAGAAAGCAUUGAUGACUUCAACAAUGUUAAGAUCUUCCCCCAAAUACAGAAACUUCUAGAACGGGACUAUUUCAGAUACUACAAGGUCAAUCUGAAGAGACCCUGUCCUUUUUGGGCUGACGAUGGCCAUUGUUCUAUCAGAGAUUGCCAUGUAGAGCCUUGUCCUGAGAGUAAAGUACCAGUUGGAAUUAAAGCUGGGAGUGCUAACAAAUAUUCAAAGAAAGCAAACCAUACCAAAGAACUCGAAGACUGUGAACAAGCUAACAAACUAGGAGCAAUUAAUAGUACAUUAAGCAACCAAAGUAAAGAGGCUUUCAUUGACUGGGCCAGAUAUGAUGAUUCACAGGACCAUUUUUGUGAACUGGAUGAUGAGAGAUCUCCUGAUGCUCAGUAUGUGGAUUUGCUGCUGAAUCCAGAGCGUUACACUGGAUACAAAGGGCCCUCUGCAUGGAGAGUAUGGAACAGUAUCUAUGAAGAAAAUUGCUUCAAGCCACGAUCAGUGUAUCGUCCACUAAACCCUCUGGCACCCAGCAAGGGAGAGGAUGAUGGAGAAUCUUUCUAUACAUGGCUAGAAGGUCUCUGUCUUGAGAAACGUGUAUUCUAUAAGCUCAUUUCUGGACUUCAUGCUAGUAUCAACAUACAUCUUUGUGCAAAUUAUCUACUUGAAGAAACUUGGGGGAGACCUCGUUGGGGAUCCAAUGUCAAAGAAUUUAUCCAUCGCUUUGACUCCAGUGAAACAAAAAGCGAAGGUCCAAGAAGGCUAAAAAAUUUAUAUUUCUUAUAUUUGGUGGAACUACGCGCAUUGUCAAAAGUCGCAUCGUACUUCGAGCGUUCGAUUGUAGAUCUUUACACUGGAAAUUCCCAAGAGGAUACAGAGACAAAGUCCCUCUUGUUAGAAAUCUUCAGGGACACAAAGUCUUUCCCUAUGCACUUUGAUGAAAAAUCCAUGUUUGCCGGAGAUAAAAAAGGGGCAAAAUCUUUAAAGGAAGAAUUCAGGUUACAUUUCAAGAACAUAUCCCGCAUAAUGGAUUGUGUUGGAUGUGAUAAGUGCAGGUUAUGGGGCAAAUUGCAGACUCAAGGUUUAGGAACUGCUUUGAAGAUCUUAUUCUCGGAAAAGGAAAUAAAAAACCUUCCUGAAAACAGCCCAUCAAAAGGUUUUCAACUGACACGACAAGAAAUAGUUGCUCUUCUAAAUGCAUUUGGAAGGCUUUCCACAAGUAUACGAGAACUGCAGAAUUUCAAAGCUUUAUUACAACAGAGAAGUUAACGAAGGCUUUUCUACUUAGUGGUGGAAGCAACCAUUCAUUUGACAUUGGGAAAAACAAAAUCAAUCUUUAUACAAACUGUUCUAAGGGGGGAUAUAAUACCAACUUGAAUAUUUAAGGUAGGAAAGGUUAGUCAUUGGAGAAAAUAUUUAAGUAUGAAGUACCUAACUUUAAACAUGUAAAUUAUGUUCAUCCUUCCACUGUUCAGUGUGUUUAUCUUUGUACAUCUCUUGAACCAUCGUUUGUUAUGAACUUUUAUUAUUUUGUCUAUUCAGAGACUCUUGAUUUACAUCAAACUGCACUUACUAAGUCAGGUGAUAUGGAAAACCUUGCAGUGUUGCUCAAAAAUAGCUGGUGGUCAUAUUUUUAAGGUUUGUAUGUAUCUGAAGGACCAGGUGCUGUUAAAAGAUUUUCUGUGUUUUGAUGUCUGUUAACGGUAGCUGAAAUGGCCAGUAAAUUUUUACUAAAAUAAGCCCCUUGGCACCCAGGGGAGACCAGCAUUCUUUAAUCACAUUUUGUUUUAUUUUUGUACUUGCUUCCCUUCCCCCUCCUUAAUUUUCUGUUUCUCCAUAUCACCGUUGCCUUCUCUGUGAGGAGACAAGACUGGGUUAACUGUACUCCAGAGUCCCUCAAUUCCUGUUAUGCGUGUCCACUGAAGGGGCCUUUAGAGUGACCUGCUGCUAGCUUGAAAUGCUUUGCUCAAGCCUGCUGUUGGCUCUUUACCAUGUAGCCAAAACUUCUCUCUCAAUUUCUAGAGAGUUAAGAAAAUUUUAAUUAUACCACUUGGAAUCUUUCAAGAUUGAUACCCAUUCUCCCUGUCCCGGUAAGCCCUGUAAUAUUUUUGUGAGACUAAAAGCAAAAUACUCCUAAACAAACACUUUAAAAAUAGUGUCAGUUCUCGGAAUUUAGUACUGCAUAUCCUGCCUAUGCAAUCUCCCAUUUGUACCUUACAAAAAGAUACACAAUGUCUGUACUAAAACGGGUAUGCUCUGCAGAAAUUUGAUUCAUUUUCGAUCAUUUCCUGCAAAGGGGACUUUCAUUUAGUCACUGCAGAACAAUAGCAGAAAACAAGUAAUUUUUAAAAUUUUAAAUACAAAGGAAGAGAAGUUCUGUAACGUGCGAUGGAGCAGCUGACUUAGAAGCUGUCUGUGAUGUAAUAUUUGUAUUUAGUGAGGGAUGUUUGAGUACAGCAUGAAUGUCAAUGUUGGUACAGUAUAUAGAUUUGUACAUAAGUUUUGCUUUGAUAAGUAAAAUAAUCUGAAUUAAAAUGAAUUAAAAGUGCUCUUAAACACUUCUAA